GAGUCAAGCAUUCAGUGCUUGUUAAUGAGUAGUUCAUCAAAAAAUGUGGUGCCAAUACAGCCAAGUUGUAAACCAACACGCAACAUUCUACCUAUGGGAUUUAAUGGGACUAUUGUUUCGACAUCAAUUGGUAAAAAUCAAAAUUUAGCCUCUGGCAGUUCAGGUGUAACACCAUCAGGAAACGUUUGUAUUGUGCUGAAUUUAGUUCCUUUACCAGCAAGCCCAUCUACAGCUAGAAGACCCAGACUUCUUCCUCGUCCCCCUAGGCCAGUAGGCAGUUUCACUAAUAAUUCUGUAUAUAGUCAACAACUUUCCAGAGCUAGUAAGAAACCAAUGAAUGGACAACAACCUGAUAUAGAUUCCUCUAAACCCCAUGUUUGUGAAGAGUGUGGCAAAGGAUUCUCAAGAAAAUCUGAUCUAAAACGACACACAUCCACUCACAGUGGUGAAAGACCUUACACAUGCAUGCAGUGUGAUUUCAAGACUAGUAGAAAAGAUUUCUUAAAAGUUCAUGAGAGAAAAAAGCAUGAUUCAGAGUUUGUGAAGCCUAUCUUAUGUUCCAAUUGUGGGAAACGAUUUGCACUCAAUUCUCAGUUGAAAAUUCACAUGCGAGUUCACAGUGGGGAUCAUCCAUUUGCUUGUACUGAAUGUAAUUAUACUACAACUCAGAAAGGUAAUUUGAAAACUCAUAUUCUAUCCAAGCAUCCACAUUUAGAUUUAGGGUUUUGCUUGCAGGGUCUUGCUGAUGAAAAUGACAUGCAACCAGACAAAAUUCACUCUUGCAACAUUUGUAGUAAAAGUUUUUCUCGAAAGUCGGAUUUAAAAAGACAUGAGGCUACUCAUAGUGGUGAGCGACCUUUUAGCUGUGAUCAGUGUGAUUUCAAAACUGGAAGGAAAGACUUUCUGAAACAUCAUCAGCAAACCAAGCACCAAUCAGACUUUGUAAAACCCAUAUCCUGCUCCUCCUGUGGAAAGCGAUUUUCACUAAAUUCUCAGCUUAAGAUCCAUAUGAGGAUACAUACAGGUGAGCAUCCUUUUGAAUGUGACCUAUGUGACUAUACAACUACACAAAAAGGUAAUCUCAAAACUCAUAUGAGAUUGAAGCAUCCAUCCGUGCAGUCAGAUGUGAUCAAAGCAAAACCAUAUGAGUGCUCAACUUGCAGUAAACGCUUUUUGAAUAAAGCAAGCCUCAAAGCGCACAUAGUUGUUCAUACUGGACAGUGGCCAUAUGCGUGCAGCAUGUGUCCAAAUAAAUAUAAAUAUGCAGAAUCCCUCAAAAGGCAUGAAAAAGUAAAUCAUUCUGAACUCCUUCCUGAAGCUUUGAAACCUCAUUCAUGUGAUGUGUGCAACAAGCGGUUCUACAGUGCCAGUAAAUUGAACGUUCAUAAAAUGGUUCACAGUGGUGAGCAACCCUUCUGUUGUGAUCGGUGUGAUUUCAAAACUGCAUGGAAACGAAGUCUUACAAAACACCAGCAUGUUAAGCAUGGAAUACCAGACAACAGUGGACAUGUUAGUCAGAUCGCUAUGAACAGACAUGUCAGGGAGAUGGUGCCUAGUUUAAGCGAUCUUACUCCAAGUUUACAAAUGCACAUGGCACCAACUAUGCAUCAUAUGCCCCAGUCAAUACCAAGUAUGAGGGAUUUGUCAUCAAAUUUGCGUGACAUAACGACAAAUAUCAACCCCAUGCGAGAUCAUAUCAUGACUUCUAAUCAGAUACCUAACAUGAGAGAUCUGACAUCUAACAUGAAUGGCUGUGAUGCUCUUCAUGUCCCAAUACCCCAUCCUCAUGAUUAUAAUAGAUUGUUUUUUCACAUGAAUCCGAUGGGUCCUAACUUAGGUCAUGCUAUGAUGGAAAAGAAAUAGCGCACUAAAUUAUUUUUUCAUAAUAUGUUAAAAGCAAUUUUAAAUUUUGAAUGUGUGACAUAAUUUGUUAUCGAGUGUUGGGCUAUAAAUUAUGGUUUUAUAAUUUUUGAUUGGCAAAAUUAAUAUUUGAGCAGCAGUACCGAAUGCAAACAGUAAACUCUUGCAACUUAUCAAUUUUAUAUGUAUUAAUUUUACUGUAUUCUACUUUAGAAUAAUUUGAUGAGUGAAAUUUUAAGUUUGCUUUUUUACUCACACAGUUAAGAUCUUGAUAAUGAUGUAUCAUGAUAUGUUUAAUGGUUGACUACUAAAACGACUUUGAUUACUAUGAAGUAUAUUAUAACUUGGCAUCAAUUAUAAAAUGAUUUGCUGUUUUCAGUUUUAUGAUUUCAUCAUCUCCUGGCAUCUUUUGUCCAUAACUUAAUUAGAAUAGUUGCAGUCUCUGAGUAGCGUAUUUAUGUGCCUACUUUCUCCCCUUUUUUAUCUAAGUGUUAGAAGUAACAUGAGUUGCUAUGUAUCGAACAAAUUAUAAUGUAAUUUAGUUUAGUAUUGUAGCAUAAAUAAAGUAGCAUGAGCAUUAUUUAGUAAUAGCAUUGCUAGCAUUAUUCAUUAAUGAUUUUGUUAAUUUCCUUAGAAGAUUUAUUACGGUUGUAGUGUAUCAUAUCAAAAUCACUCUGAUUU